UGACUUUGGCACUGAGCAGCCAGGUCUGGGAACUUCAAGCAGGGCUAACGGGAAGGAAAUCUGUUUGUGCUCAGGCUGCUGUGUUUCCAGAAGGACUUGGACAGGGAGAUAAAUUCUUGGGGGGAUGGGGGGUGUUUUUUACCUCAGGGCUCCUUGUUUUGUAAGGAUGCGGGUUCAGAUCAGCUCGGGGGGGGGUUGGUAUGUGCUGCAGAGUGCUCUUUGGUCCCUACUCUGUGCUGCUUUGCGAGAACAAAUAUUUAGACCUGCUUUUCCAGCCUAAACAAACGGCGACUGUUUUGUUCUUCAUGAUCUCUUUUUUUUCAAGGCUUGCUUAGAGAUUGACGUGCUCUGAUGUCUCGGGAUGAGACUCUCCUGAGGAUGAUUUCUGUGUUGCCCUGGCACUGACCGCCCACAAUCAGAUAUUACAGUGGUGUCUUGGGCUCAACGCUUGAUACUUUCCUAGUUUGGGGCACGGCUCUACUUUGGUGUUCGGAAAGCCUCUCGGAGCUUUUUUUUUUUCCCUGCUACUUGUUUAAGACUUGGCUGUGCAGCGGUGAGCCAUGUACCCCUGUGCAGAUGGAGACACGCCAUUGGACACUGGGCGAGCUCCACAGCUCCUGACGGGCGAGUUCGUCCUGAUUGGAGGAGCAGCGGGUCUCUCGAUGACAUCACCGCAGGCCUGUGAGCGCCCCGCAGCUGGCAGGAGUUUUCGUUUCCACCGAACCCCAGAGGGCCCUGGCUGAUGUGGCUCUGUUUUGACUGCCAUGUGCUUCUGGUGUUGUACAACCGGGCAUGGUCCUGGCUGCGGUCAGCUAGACCUUUAUUAGACGGCUCCAGUGGAGGGCUUUUUAAAAAAAAGGGCUGGAUCGUUUACCAUGCCCAGGUACAUGGCACAACCAGGUGCUGCAGCAUGUAUUGGGUUUGGCUGUUCAGGAGUGUGUGGAAGCCAUAGUGAGAGGACGACCCACCGGUGUAUCAAUACCGACCCCCGUCCUGUAGGAAACAUCAGCCCUUUAAGACCAGUUCCGAACGAGAGGAGCCAUUUGGCCCUUCUAGCUUGUAGGGUUGCUGGUAGCCGGUUGAGACAGCCCUUUCGUGGAGGAGGCUGCAGGUCAGCUUCUGUCCAGACCUGCCCUCCUUUACUGCUUCCCUAUCCCGCCUCUGGCUCCAGCCCCCAGGUAGUUACUUGCAGAGGAUCUGGGGGAAUGAGGGCACAUUCCUGACAUAGCUGCGUCUUUCCCAGCAUUCCUUGCACGCCUCUGCCUCUGCCUCCCCCCCCCUGCCAGGGCCCCCCAUGAGGGCCUGGUUUAGGGAGUGCAAAUCGGAGAGACAUACCUUUGUCACAUGUGUAACUGCCUCUACCCCGGACACACACACCUUCAUGAUAUACAGGAUUUAAGGAUACUUCAGCAGGAUACGUCAUUUUAAACCUUCCUGUCUUUUGGAUGAAGUGUUAAAUCAAGGCGGUACAUCACUGUUUUGUCUUUAAGGGUCCCAGGGCACUGUUCUUUAGUGUAUGGGUGUUAACCCAGUGACUUAGCUAAACUAUCCCCUGGGAUUUGUACAAUAUCUGGCCUCCCUUAAUUCAGCUGGUGAAGCUCUUGCUCAUUUCUUUACCUGGCCAGCUGGUGCAAAAUGGCUGCUGUGUGUCACCCAGAGAGGCUGCACGUCGGUGGUAGAUAAAGUGAAUUUGAAGUGUAUGUACAGUGCCCUCCAGGAUGGUUGGCACCCUUGGAAAAGAUGAGCAAAAAAGGCCAUGAAAAAAUGUCUUGGUUGUGUAUUGGCUUGAUCUUACAUUGAAAAUGUGAGAGAAAUUUGAGGUGAGCUUAUUCAAAGAAAAAAAAAUCCUUAUAAAAAAAACAUUUUUCUCAAAAGAUCACAACGAUUGGUACCCCUAGAAAUUCCUGUGAACAAAAUCUAAUUGGCAUAUAUUCCCCUUCAUAUUUCUGGAGGGCACUGUAUGUUAAGUGCUUUGGGAUAAAAGUCACUGUGUAAAUGCAAGGAAGUAUUGAUUUUUAUCGUUGUGAAGUGAUCGCUGUGCUCUAGUUAAGAGAAUAGCAGGUGAUUGAUUGCUGCCUGGAUUUUACUACCUUACUGCAGUGUAAACGCUGCAUCUGGUAGUCAACUGUGUGCAUGUGUGUAUUCUCACUUGAGUGCGCCACAGUAGAAACCAGACUCCCAGGGCUGAGUUAUUUAUUCUGUUAUAAAUGGGUAUUACCAGCUGCUGUUUCUUGUACUGCAUGUCAGCAGCUCCUAUUGUGAGUAACGUGGGGUUAAAUAAAUACAUGUUGGCACUUUGAUUUGCUUUUCUGCUUCAUGAGAACAGUUUACAUAGGAGCCUGCAGCUCAUAAAAUGUUAAAUGGAUCAAAGUGCUGCCUGUGUCGGAUUGCAUUAGUGGUGUGCUUUUUUACACUGUAUGUAAUGUCUAUGUAUGUGUGAGUGCCUGUGUGUGACACAGGUCCGGGUUGCAUCGCUGUGGUUUAAUAGGGUUUGAUUCAACUUCCUUCGUUGCCUCUGCGGGUUGUGUGAAGCAGGUCGUGACCUCAGGGGGCUGUCUGGCCUAGUGUACCCUUCCCAGGCCCAGGGAACACUGCUGUGCUGGGCAAACAUCCCCUGUGAGUGAGCUUUACAGACAGGGGGAGGGGUGUGAAAAUGGUGCAGCACAGCAAACAGAUUCCCAGUGAUGAUCUGGAGACCUGGCUUGUUUGCCAGGCAGGACAGACAGGACAGACAAAACAGGACAGACAAAGACCACUGCAGACUGUGGAGAAAUGCCGUCUUGGGUCGUGGGGGCUGCUCUGUUAUUAAACCUGCACAUGUACAUGCGAAGUGUUUCCUGAUUCUGCGUUGGGGGGGGUUCCCAGGUUUCUGCUUUCUCAAGACUGUUACAGGGACUGUGCUUUCAGUCUCGAGCUGCGCAGCAGUGAUGAAUUCCUCUGCGCUAAAGGGCCGGCCUUCCGUCGUGUGGGAGAUCAGUGCUGUGGGGUGUCCUGGGGUUGGGGGGUGCGUCACUGUCACGGUGCUGUGGGGUGUCCUGGGUUUGGGGGGUACGUCACUGUCACAGAGAUGUGGGGUGUCCUGGGGUUUGGGGGGUACGUCACCGUCACAGAGCUGUGAGGUGUCUUGCAGUUCCACCCUCACUCCACAGGGGAGUUUAAAUGAAUGGUGCAGCAGAGGUUGGAGAGCUGCAGGGGUCCCCUGAGCUAGAGCUGGGGUCUGGUUUAAUUAAAGAUGCCCCCUCUUUGUUCUGCUCGUCCUCCCAGGUGAUCCUGGUGCAGGUGAACCCUGGGGAGACCUUCACUAUCCGGACAGAGGACGGGCAUAUCCAGUGCAUUCCAGGUCCUGCACAUGUGCCGAUGGUGUCCCCCAAUGGCUCCAUGCCUCCCAUCUUCCUGCCCCCAGGGUACAUGUCUCAGGUUGUGGAGGAGAACGGCAUGCGGAAAGUGGUGGUGCUGCCCCACUCGGCAGAGUUCCACCACUCCAUGGCUCACCCGCACCCCCACGUGCCCCCUUACCUGCCCCCCCACCCGGCCCUGCUGCACCAUCACCACGUUUACCCCCCUGUGCCUGCAACUGGAGAGCUGCCCCCCCACUUCCUGCCCCAGCACCCACCUCCACAGAUCUACAGCGAUCAGGAGGCCGCGGCCCAUGGCCGGGGUGGGACGGGCCUGUCCCGGGACGACCGUGCCGCCAAGACGCAGGAGUCGCUCAGGAAACGGCUGAAGGACCGCCCGCUGUGCGCCAAGGCUGGCGGCAGCCCACCGCCUCUGCCGCACAACGGCUGCGGGAAGGGCCACGCUGGGGCCCCCGCGCCCUGCAACCCCAAGAGCGCCGCCAGGCCCCGGGCGACCCCGCCAGCAGAGGGCGACAGCACAGAGGCAGAGGUGAAGGGGCUCGUGGAGCAGCUGUCCAGUGUGGCCAAGCCCGUGGUGUGCAGCGUGUCCCCGCGCAGCGCGAUGCUGUCCUGGAGCUCUCCCCUCGGCCCGCGCGACAGCGACAGUGAGGCCCCCAGCGCCCACUCGCUGUCCUACGAGCUCGCGCUGUCCCACGCCGGUCGCAGCGCCGACUACAGUCCCAUCUACGUGUGUGCGUAUCUCCCCCUUCUGUUUCAGGCUCCCAGCGACAACGGCUCCAAGAUAGCUGGCUACCUUCUGGAGUAUGACGAGGGAAAUCAAAGUGCCUUUAAGGAGGUUUACUUCGGGCACAUGAAACAGUUCAAAGUCAUCAGGCUUACUCCCUCCACGAAAUACGCCUUCAGACUAGCUGCUAAAAAUGAUAUAGGACUGAGUGCGUUCAGCGAGGUCCUGACAUGCUGCACCUCCGGCUGUGUCCCCUCACCCCCCGCACCCCCCCGCCUUGCUGGGGCAGGUGUGUCCUGGCUGGCCCUGGAGUGGAGCACCCCCAGCGGGCUAUCGGGGGAAGAAUCUCUGACCUACACACUGGAGAUGGAGGAAGAGGGCUCGGGCUAUGGCUUUAAACCAAAACACAACGGGGAGGAGCUCUCGUGCACUUUAAAGAAUCUCCGAAGGAGCACCUCCUACAGGUUUCGGUUGUUUGCUGCCAAUGUGGAGGGCCGCAGCCAGCCCAGCGCCCCCGUGGAGUUCAGCACCAGCCCGGACAAACCCGGCCCUCCCGGUCGGCCCACGGUGAAGGGGAGAGUUCACGCACACCGUGUGCACACUGUCUGGGAUGCUCCAAGGGACAGCGGAGGCUCGGAAGUCACCAAGUACGUGCUGGAAAUCUCGGAGAAUCUGAACGGUAACCCGUGGGAGAUGGUGUACAGCGGUCUGGCCAGGGAGCACGUUUGUGAUCGGCUCAGUCCCGGGUCCUGGUACAGGCUGAGGGUGUACUGCCUUGGCGCGGGGGGCCAGAGCCAGGCCUCAGAUGUGCUCACUGUGCAGACUGCCGCGGUGCCUCCAGGACCCUGCCAACCGCUCUGUCUGGUGGGGAGACCCAAGCCCCGGGAGAUACCACUGAGAUGGGGCCCUCCCCUCCAGGACGGAGGGGCCCCGGUGUCUCAGUUUGCUGUGGAGAUGGCGGACUCGGCACAGGGCCCACGCCAGCAGCUGUACGAGGGCCCCGAGACGGAGUGCACCGCAAGCGACCUGCGGCCCGGCCGGACCUACUGCUUCUGGGUGAAGGCGGCCAACCAGGCGGGGUGGGGUCCCCUCUCCGAGAUGUGGGAGACGCCCACAGCCCCUGGUGCCCCAGAGCAGUGCGAUGCUCCCCAGCUCACCGUCAGGACCGCGACGUGUGUUCUGGCUGCCUGGGAGCGCCCUGGCUGUAAUGGAGCAGAGAUCAGCGAGUUCAGGCUGGAGUGUGGGGCAGCGCAGGGCUCUCUGCAGCUGGCGUACUGUGGCCCGGCCUUGAGCUACGAAUUGAGAGGGCUGACUCCAGCCACCACUUACUUCUGCAGGGUGCAGUCUGCCUGUGUCUGCGGCAGGUUUGUGUGCAUCUACAGCGGGCCCUGUCACACCUACAAGCUGCAGCGGCUUGGCGAGGCCACGGUCUACCACUUCCGCAUCCAGGCCCAGAGCGAGGCAGGGGUCGGCCCCCUGUCCCCCGUCUACAGCUUCAGAACCGCCAAGUCGCCCCCUGCACAGCUCAGAGCGCCCAAGGUGCAGCACCUGGAUGGCAGCCUGUGUGAGGUCACGUGGGAGGGCCUGCCGCCGAUGAGAGGGGACCCCAUCGUGUACGCCCUGCAGCUGACCCGGGGCCGCGAGGCCGAGCAGCUCUACAAGGGCCCGGACAGCUCCUUCCUGUGGCGGGGGGCGGCGGCCGGCGGGGAGUACCGUCUGCGCGUGUGCGCGGCCCGGCGGUGCCAGGACAGCGGCGAGCCGUUGGAGCUGUGGGGCCAGUACAGCCCCGGCACGCUCUUCUCCUGCCCCGAGCCUGCGGGGGUCCCCCCGGGGCGCCCGGCCACCGCGGCGGGGAGGGGGCCGCCGGCCAGGGGGGCGCCCCUGAGCGACGAGCAGUUCGCCCUGCUCCUGCUGCUGGGCUUCGCCGUCGUGGCCGUCCUGUUCGCGGUGGUCAUCCAGUACUUUGUCAUCAAGUAAGUCCUGCCCUGGCCUGCGGGGGGCAGCGUGGAGCCAGGCGGGGAGGUGGCGGCUGAGGAAGCGAGCGCGCAGAGACCCCCCCACGCCAGCACACAGCCUCAUGCACGCACAAGGAGGAUCUGCUCUCGAACCCUCUGUGUAAUGGUUUUAUUAUUCUGAGUCGUUUUAUUUUGCAGAUUAUUGUAUUUUUUAUAGGAAAAGGUACUUUUUCACAUCUUCUUUUCCCUCCUAUCCAAGACCGAUGAGAACUGUGUGGUCUGGGAGGUGGAGCCAGCUGCCUUAAAUACACGGUGGUGCUGGGGGGGCUGGAGGGGUCAGUGUGAGAUUCUGGCCCCCAGCUUUGGGGUGACCGCCUAAAAGUGUACUGUCAAACGAUCUGGAAGUUAUCUGCGCGUGGGUGGGGUGUGAGCCUGUGCAUAUUUGACUUUUAUAAAGUGGAGGGAAAAGCAUUCCACAUUGAAAAGCUUUAUAUUCUGUGUGCUCUGACACAGGGUCUGUGAAUCUCCCACCUUUUUUAUUCGUGCAUAUACAGUAUAUAUAUAUUAUUUAUAUAUGUGUAUAAAUUAAUUACAAAUAUAAAUAAGGGAGAAGGUGCCAAAGUUUUAUAGAUUCUCAGAGAAGACUUAUCUCCCCUACAAGGACUGGGGCGGAGUAGGUGCUCUCUGUCACUUUUAAGUACGUGCUUGUUUUCAGCAACCCAGCAACCCAGAAGCUACAGACUCCCAGAAAUCAGGAGUUACUUGGCUGAGACACUGUCUUGAGCACAGAAUGUUCUCUACGUGCAUAUCUGAAAGAAAAUGAGCAUCUUAACUGUCAUUAAGAGACAAGGUUUUUUCUUCGCAUUUGUUUUGCUAUACCCAGCAUGUAUAUAUAUAUAUUUAUAUAUAUACAUAUGCAGAAUAUAUCAAAAUGCAUUUGUUAAAAAUGUUUCACUAUUUGGCUCAAACUGAGCAACCUAAAGUUUGUUUUCUGAUGUUUUUAUCUUUUUAAGUAUUCGUUGAUCCGUACAUUUGUAUGUAUACGGACUGAUGCGGAAAUUUUAAUAUUUUAAGAUUGUUCCUUGUGUCCGUUUCCCCUGAGCAGUGUUCUCUGGUUGUAAUGAACACAUUACAAACUGUGCUGUACCAUGCACCAGACAGAGCCCCAGUUGCAGAUAAAUGUGUUUCAUCACGAGCGUUUCUUAAAUUACCAGGGUAAUCUCCACACACCUUCCCCUGAGUGAGAGCUGCCCACAGCAUGACCAUGUCCUGGAGAGAGUGUGUAAUUCCUCAGUUGAAAAGCAUGUGGAAGAAAACAUUAUACCUGGGACAAGUUCUAGUUUAAUCUUUCAUUUGACGUAGAAUAGUUUAAGGGCAGCACAGUAGGCCGCAUGACUGCCUUGCAGCGCUGGGGCCCUGGGUUCAAUUCCAGAGCUGGGAUGCUGUGGGAGAGCUGUCUGUGUGGAGUUUGCAUGUUCUCCCCAAGCGAUGUGCCCCAGUUUCCUACUGCAGUCCAAAGACAUACUGGUAGGUUAAGAGGAAUCUGGGAAAGUUGGAAGUUGGUCCUGGUGGGAGUGUCCAUGUGUGUGGCUUCUACUCCCCAUCCCCCGAAUAGGAUGAAGAGAUUAGAAAAUGAAUGGAUGGAUGGGUGGAUGGAAUAAUGUUGUGUUUUAAUGAGGCAAACAAGGCUUGAAUAGUAUUUAAAGACCUUGAUCCAUCCAUCACCUUUCAGAUCUGGUGAGUCCUCGGAGGGGUGUUGUGAGGCAGGUCCUAACCUAAACCAGCGCGGGCUACAGGUCUCUAGCUCAGGCACCAGCCAGUCUACUGCACACACAGACAUACACCAGGCCAUUUAGCAACAAGAAGUAACAUAGCAUGUUACUGCAUAGCAAGCCAUCGGCCUGUGGGAGGAAACUGGUGUACAUGGGGGUACACGCAGUCUCCAGACAGACAGUGCGCCAGGUCAGACUUGAACGCAUGCCCCACAGCAUGUUGAGGCUGUCUGAGUUUCUUGCCUCUUGAGUUUCAGGCGACCGAGGAUCUAAGAAAACCUGAAAACAUGGGACUGUGGGUCUUGGAUCUUUGCUGUAGAAUAUCUCAGGAGCUUCAGAACCAUUGUGAAGAAGACGAUAGAGACUGAAACAUUGUAUUAGGUUCCACUUUUUCUUCACACUCCGCAAAUGCUACGUCAUUUUUUUUCCUAUUCCUAUUCCUAUUCCAGUGCUGGGAAGACCACAUUCAAGACAUACCACAUCACCCAGAGUGGGUGUACUCUCUUAAUAACUGAUCAAAAUCGGCAACAUAAAUAUCCUUGAAGGAGGACUUAAGCAAAAAAAAAAAAUCGGAUAUAUUUCAGAAACAUUUUUACAUUUUGUUUUGCACGAGUCUUUUUGUUCCAAUGAGUUGAAUUGAAAAGUACAAUUGGUAGGCUUCUAAUUCAAAUUAUAAUCUUAAAUUGGGUACUGCCACUUUGAGGAAAAAGACCCAAACUGUUUUAAUUAAAGUUCUCUUCAAUUUUUCAAUUCAAUUUUGUGUAAAGCAUUUUCAUAAAUAUCUAAAUGGUCUAGCUUUUUACACAAGAAGCUAAAACGGCAGUAUUUAUAGUUCCAUGCUUAUAUUAAUUCACCUCUCGGAGAACGCCUGCCGGCAAUUUGUUCUUAAAAAGACUACUUUCUGAAACAAACCGCGGGUACAUUUUAGUGCUCGGCUGCUCUCAAUUAAGAGCACAAUGUUGAGUAAUCCCAGUGUUUAUAAACCUGACAGGACUGGAAAAAACACCACUUGGAAACAUUUAAGCCAAAGUCUGCUCAACAUCCUAAAUCUGUUCUGCCACUGACUCAACGGGUGUUAUUUGGGCUUAGAUCUUAACUGAGAGAGUAAUACUUAGCAUAGAUCUUUUUUUCUUAUUUAAUUGAACUCUCACUGAUUGUACCUGGUUUUAGAGUGAUGUAAUUGCAGAAAUAAUAGAUUACCAUCCAAGAAAACAUUAUUUCUGGGCUGAUGCUCCGUUUUCAGAUGUAGUUUGCAACUUUUUAAGGGAUCGCUUCCCUCACACCAGUUAGAGUCUGGCAACUGCCUAAGCCUAAAGUAGUCUUAGACAAAGCGCUAACUUAAGACAAGGUACGUCUGGGACUGUACUGUCGUAACUGAAGCGUUGACUUUCAAUCUCGAUGAAGAGAGAGGGGGAGAGAGCCGAGUGUGCGACAUGCCAAUCACUUGACCGUUUUGGGAUUUAAAAAUGACUCUCCUCGGUGAGAGCAAUCGCAUUGAAUUCCCCUAGUUAAGUUUUUAUAUUGUCACUUUCAAAAAAUAUAUUUUAAGCAUAUCUUAAGUUUGUUUGCAGGUUUGACAGUAACGCUGUAAUCUUUAGCUGUAUUAUCAUGCUGAUUAAGAGCGUAUGCAAGCAUAGUAAGCUAGCCACAGAGUAAAAACCUGUUUUGUGCAACAACCUGAUCUUUAUGGCAUUUCUACACUGUUUACAAGUCCCUGUUCUGUGCAUCUGCCUUAAUCAGACAACUAGUAUAAAAUUUGGCUCCUCAGUUUAGCAGUAGACAAGCUGGAUGUUAGGUGCAAACACUCAUUCCAAAGAUGUUUAUCCGGUAGUGUCUUCUCGUUGUAUUUUAUGUGUCAAGACUGUUUUCUUUUUUGUUUUACAAUUACAGGGGCAUACCUAUUGAAUGUGCACACACAAUACAGAAUCACUCAUUCACAUGCGAACAUCCAGAAACCUGCUUUUACUUAACCACCAGCAUCUUUAAGCAUGAGCACACAAACACAUACACAGCUUGGAUUCAUCACGCUGGAAGCACACUGGAGAAUGGUCGGACUCUCUUUGCACAAUUAAUCAGGGGUCCAACAACAGGGCAAAAAAAUAUAUAGGGUCUCCUGUAGGGUGCCCAGCUGGGCAUGAAGCUAAAGACAGUGCACAGCUCACAGCAUUCAGACUGCUGAAAACAGAGCCCUGCAAGGGAGGACUGGAUUGUGGACUCCAAUCCUUUGCUCAGAAGAGGGUUUUCGAACUCCGGUGAUGGUGUGGCUCUUUUCCGCAUGAUUGCGGUGAUGACUACCCCACUUUCUGUGGAAAUAGCUUUGAUUUGAUGUGUAGCUGUCACAGUGGUGGGGAGGGUCCCACAGCCUGGGAUCAUUCUUUACUUCACGCCACGCAAGAUCAGAGAGUUUGGUGCCAGGUUACCCGAAGCUGCUAAUUAAUAUUUCAGUUACCUGGUGCUUCUUCUAGAUUUCACAAGAUGUCAAAUUCAGACCCGUGAGGAACAUGGACGCAGUGCCUGUUCAAUGAUUUUUUUUUUGUUCGCAUCCUGAAGGUUAUGGUGACUAGGUUUCCUAGUAGCACAGUGAAGACUUCUCAUGGAUGGUUCCUGGUACUGAGUAGUGUUGAGCUGUCAUCAUCCAGAGCUUCCAGACAAAGUCGCGGGGUCGGACCGCAACCUGCGGCCUGCUUGCUCUUUUACUUUAUAGAGUAAGGCCAGUAUUCCGUCUAGUCCACAGUCUCCGGAGUUGUUAAAUAUAGAAGCCGGAGUUAAUGCUCUGACAAACAGGGCCAGUCAUGCCUUAAUCUGCCUCGUUUCUAUCCCCGCUGUGCCCUGAGCUGAAACCAUGGCGACCACUGAAAAGUCGCCCUGCAGAGCUGGUCAGCUUCUGGUUUUUCUUUUCUUGUGUACAUCUCCCCCCCCCAUCACCACCACCCACUGGGCUGUUUACCAUCUGGCACGUUUGCAAUCUCUGCGGCGCCACACAGGUGUCUCGGCCCCGACUGGUGGAAGAGAAUUGCGGCGCUCGCUGAUGUCGCAGCAGGCUAGCAAAGUUGCAGGGGCUGCUGGGAGCCGAGAGCACCCUGGCCAACUAAUCCCACCCCAUUGGUACCUCUGCUGUGGAAUCCUGGUGACAGUCCCCUGUCGACGGUUGCCUGGCGACAGGAUCCAUGCCCAUUCUCAACAGGUUGAGAUCAUGGAGACGAAUGCUUUGAGCAAACUCCUUAAGUAGUUAUUGCCAAUUGUAAUUGAUCUAGAGAGGAGGGGAGUUAGUGAGGGUCAAUAGUCUGAGUCCUUUUUGAUAUCCAAGUGUUGCCAUGGCGUUGUCUGGGAAGCUGUUUCAAGGCCCAGCUGUGGGACCGUCAGAAAUUGCCUUUUUCUGUUCUGCGCUUUACAAACUCCUCCUUUGUAGCAAUCCAUAGUUUUUGAGGUGGCACUUUGAUGGCAUUUCUCGAUAUGUAUCAUACAUUCCAAAACCAUUGUUCUGUAUCAGCAUUGUCAUAAAGGUUGUGUUUCUUGUUUGUAUGUUUGAGUACUUCUUGAGGUAUUUCAUAAAGUUGUGUUAAACUACCAUGUAUUAUGUAACACUAAAUUGUAACUAUCAUAGAUAAUAUAUUUAAUAUGGCAAAUAAAUUACAGUCCUUAUAAAUUUGAA